AUGGACUCGUCUCGAUUCGAAUCUAUCACGAUAUUGCUUAUGAUGUUGUUGCUGUGUGAAGGCCUAGCCCAGACCAAACCGGUGGUUUUGAUGAAGGUUUCCGGCGAUCUUUGCGCCGAUUGUCUGACCUUCUUCGAGAGCCUGAAACCGACCGUGGAUGUGCUGUAUCGGAUGGCGGGCAGUCCGGCGUUCGAGUUCGGUGUUCAAAGGGCCAUCAAGGUGAGGGUUGCAAAUGUUGCGAAGAUUUGUUCUUUCGCGCAUUUUGACAUGUAAAGUUUUAUACAUGUUUCUACCGUCGAAUGUGAUGUUUUAACGGCGAACGAACUCUGCGAAAACGAAAGUUCACUUUGCACUGUGCAAUUUUUGGCUUUUUCCACCGUGCAAUAAGCUUUUCGGGGCUAUCGCUCGCACCCUGACUUUUUUCUCACAGUCCGUGUCGCCGAUUUCAGUCCGGCGGCUUUCCGAACGGACUUGCAUCACGUUCUAUCCCUCGUCUCGGCUGUCGUCACAGAAGAAGUGUGUUGCACGUCAAUCCAAAAUAGAAGAAAAAAUUUCCCGCCCCUUUUUGGUGAUUCGUCAAAACGAAAUGUCACUAUCCGAUAAAACGCAUUUUCUUAUCUUUCUUCUUCCUUUUCGAGAAAAAGCAAUUAUUUCGGGCGAGAAAAAGUGCCGAUAAUUUCGCGACAUUUCGUCCCUCUUUUAAAACCAAUGAAAACGAUACGGUUUCGAAACGGUUCAGGAAAUGCGCUGGAUUGACGUGUGUUGUGCCAUUUUGGCGAUGAAAUCUUUUCAUGCAUAACACGUCUGCGCUAUGCGAAACAGUUUGACAAAGUUUGAUCAAAAAAAUCUCGGUGAUCUUUGAUAUCUCGAGCGUCUGAAAUAAGUCUUGCGAAUUUAUUCUCUAAAUUUCGGUAAGAUAAAUUCUUUGCCCAUGAUGUUUGUAAACUAGUUCUACAAUUUUCUUUCGGACUCAAUAGGCCAAAAUUUUUGGUGCAAAUAAUUCUUACCACUGUACCGCUCAGAACAAGUUUUAUAUCAAAAAAAUUGAACCUAACAGCAACCGGCUUUAUUUGUAGACAAUUUUUCCUUUCAGAACAACUGCGACAAUGUUUUCCGCAACAUUACCGGCUCCAAAAAUUUGUGCCGUCUCUUGGACCACGGCACUCUCACGCAGAUCGUGGAUGUGAUCGAAACCGAUCGUGGAAUUGACCAACAUCACAGUUGCAAUGUGCUGGCUGUGUGUACAAACUAA